GCGGAAUUUGUGGUGUGAAUACGCAGGUGUUGAGAAACUUCCAAACAGUAUGUACAUCGACUGCGACAGCUCGUGUGCUCUCUAUACUGUCCGAUUUUGUACACGGAUAUUAGAGGUAUCGAAAUUAAAUAAUUCACGCUACUGUUUCAGCUGAUCAGAUUGCUGACUGGGAAUAUGGAAUGGCUGCAGCUCUUUUGCAUUAGGCACAAGAAUGAUGCCUUCUUCGCAGUGCUUGCAAUAUAGGUAUAUUUAUCCCUUUGGCCACUACAGUUUACAAUCCCUCAACUUUCCAGAAGAGAACGACGAGACUAUGGAGAAAAUCAUUUCUGAGGACUCCAUCUGUGGCUCAAACUCCACCGAUUCCCAGCUUUCGCACGCAGACUGUUGCAUGUCUGGAAAUGAGUCCUCUUUGAGCACACAGGCUGAUUUCAAGGAUAUCUGCAGAGACAGAAAGACCAACUACAGAUCCACACAGGCCAGUUACAGCCCUUACCAGCCCCCGAUAGGUCUACCUUCUGGCUACAAUCCCCAGACACCCUUUCCCAGUCAGACAGAAGUAUUUCCGAGCACCCUUGGGCCACACAACAGGGACCUACUCCACUCGAGUUCCAUAGGCAGCAGUUCGAUGGAAUAUCCCAGUGGCAACCACCCCUCUUGCUUAGUAUCUGAAAAUUACUGCAGUUAUCCUGGGGAUUCCAGCUACUCUUGCUCUCCAGACAGGCACAGCUUGGGAGAGGGAAGUCUGGAACAGCCGCGUUCACUGCGCUCUAUCCCAACUGCGUUUGCGCCUAACAACUACUGCAUGCCUCCGCACCCAUGCGUGUCCCGUGGGCCCCCCUGCUGUAGUCAAUACCCUGUGGAUGUGUAUCAAAUGGAUCAGGGCUCUCAUUAUAGGGCACAUUACAACAUGCCCUGUUGGCCUUCACGCCCUGAAAACAGCAGACAAUCAGCCUCAGAGUUCACGUAUAGUGGCCACACCUCCCCUCAUCCGCGAGCUAAACUAACCCCAAGCACAGCCCCUCUAUCCCUGGAGCAGAGGAAGGUCUUUGUUACAUAUGAAGCAGACAGUGAAAAACAUGUCAAAGAGAUCAUCAACUUUGUCGCCCUACUGAGACACAAUGGUUUCUACACUCACAUUGACAUGUUUGAACAACAAUUCAAGAGCAUAAGCAAGAUUGACUUCAUGGAAAGAUACAUCAGCGAAAAAGACUAUCUGAUCAUCAUAGUCAUUAGUCCAAAGUACCACGAGAUUGUGACCAAUGCCUCGUUUUUCAUGGAAAAUGAUGAAACACUCAACACUGUCUACAUACACAAGCAGUUACAAAACGAGUUCAUUCAGAACGGUGCCAGGAAUUACAGAUUCAUCCCCAUCUUGUUUCCCGGUGCCAAGAAGUGCCACGUACCUUCAUGGCUUCAAAGCACACAGAUCUUCACCUGGCCCAGAGACCGGGAUGACAUUCUUCGUCGACUCAUGCGUGUUGAGAAGUACAACCCUCCACCCAUAGGAGAGCUGCCCACCAUUGUCUCCAUCCCAAUUUAGUUGGCUAGAUUUGUUCCUGUAUGUAGACCCAUGAUAUGCCAGUUGUAAACAGGCCUGGUAUCCCUUUUAAAUUUGUUUACCCUUAGCAACUAGAUGAGUGUUUGGUGUGCUAAAAUCCCUAAAGCUACAGUUAUUUGAUGUAAUCUUUAUAGAAACCUCAUGUCAUAAUUAAUAUUUCACAACUCAUCAAUGU